AUGACUGCACCCGAGGUGACCCAGGGUACCAAUGCAGUCGAACGCCGCCAAGGAAGGCCACCCGCUUGGGGUAAUACUCGCCAACAGAUCAACGAUACCAUCGAGUGGUUCCACUGCAUGCAAGGCGGAGCCGCUCAUAAUGGAUUGAAGUGCACUGGCUUCCUCUUGGAUGCCGACAAUGGUGAACGCUCGGUCAUAAGCGAUGAAGUCGUCAUUACCCGCACGGGCGGUGAUUGCAGGAAGGAUAACGACAGUCUCAUUCUUAAGCAUGAUCAGUCGCCCAAUGGCCCAAUCAUCAAAUCGAUCAUGGCUAGCUUUGAAGAGAAAAAGCCCGUGGGGAUUAUCGUCGGUUCAAAGAACGCACUCCUCAAGGUCAAGAUUCCACACCGAUACUGCGUCAUGGACUGGUUCCUCAUCACGGAUGUAUGGAUGGAAAAGAUGGGUCAAUAUGCGGGCUACCGAGUUCGUUUGGAGAAAUUGGACCUGUCAACCAAAGGAUGGUGGGCAGAGCAGGAAUCCGAUGAGACCCUUCCUCUCACACCUCGCAACUCUGACCGUCCCCCACCAAGCCAGGCGUGUAGGUCAUGCGGCAAUUGGAGCAAGCAAAUCUACAUCCGACCCGGGUGGAUGUGUCUUGAGAAAUCAUGCUCAAAAUUCUGGCAAUUUCGGAAUACAGAGCCAAAGGAGUUUCAAUACCACACCGAUUUUCUCAACUACCGCCACCCCAGAGGUCCCGAUAUCCAAAAUCCUGGACCAGUAAUUGAGCUAGUGGACCGAAAUCUUGAACCAUCAGAGGGACUUGCCGACCGUGAGGAAUGGAGAGGCAUCGUUUGUCCCAAAUGCCGAAAGUGUAUCCAGCGUGUGACUUGGGAUGCCUGGGACUGCGCAAAUGAUGCCGCACGGGAGCCUGAAGAGACCUGUUGCUACACGGUUGUGAGAAAGAUGCGAGAGAUUUCUCUGGAAACAGCCCUCGAAGACAUCAAGCCCUACACCCGCAGCCAGCUGAGAUGUGGUAUUCAACCCGUCGUCGACAAGCACUCACUCAAGCCAUACGAAGUACGUACUUACAAUCUCCCCGGUGUCGGCUCGAUCACGCACUUUGUUUCAAACCCGACAAUCAAUGAGCGUACGAAUGGCCCAAAUUACCUGUUCAGUGAACUUCAAAAGCUCGGCCUAGGUCUCAAACGCUACCCACUUGGAUCCGCUCAAGGUAAGAAAAAGAAAUGUAAAAAGGCUAACUCGCAUUCACGCCAUUCAUCUCAGUCAUCCGAGUCAUCUGACUCAUCAAUGUCAUCAAAAUCAGUUAAAUGUCGAUAUGGCACUCGAGUGAAAGGGACACUCACAUGCCAUUUUGCUGUGAACUACGGCGUCCCCUACAAGUAUGUGGUCUCUGUGGACUCCAAGGCUUUCAGUGAUGCGCCUGCACAAAUCCUCACUGCUUUGGGUCGUUUGUCUUGGGCAACUGGAAAGGCUGUCACCCGCGCGGGAGAUACGUAUCAGGCACCUAAUGAGCUGCUUGCACUUGGAUAUUUCGAAGGAAUGAAGAUCGGCUUUCAUGACGAUGGUGAAGAAGAUCUGGGCCCAACCAUUGCGACACUCUCCUUAGGAACCCGGUCAAGGAUGUACAUCCGAAUGAAGGAUAAAUACUACUUUGGAGUCAGCACCAAUAAUGUUCCCACUGCAGAGGAUCCCGUUUUGUCAGGGUGCGCCAAAGAACAAGAGCGGCGAUCUCUCAAGAACAAGUUUGACGCAGGUCAAAUCACUGCGAAAGAUUAUGCGGCUCAGCGAAAAGCUUUGCUCCGCCGAGCUAGUUCAAAUGCAAGGAGCCCCAAGUUGCUGAGGCUCGAGCUGAAGCAUGGUGACCUGAUCGUGAUGCACGGGGCACAUCUGCAGACGUACUAUGAGCAUUCGGUGGAACCCGACAAGGGCCUACGCUUUGCGCUUACUUCACGAUACAUCGAGACCAAGGGCGGAACAGACCGCAUGAAGGGCGCAUGCAAGCUCCCGGACAAUCUGAUUUACGAUGGGCAGUAG